GCCACUCCAAACCUUACUCAGUACCUAACUCCAGGUCCUUAACGCCGCAGUACUGGUGGUACAUGCUCACCAUGACGAGCUUAAAAGCGUACCCACCACCAAUCUCUUAGAGUAGUUCAGCAGCGCUCUCAUCACACUUGCCUUUUCCUCUUGCAACCACAACAACCACCAAAAAUGGGCUUCUUGUACUCCCAACUCUUUGUUACGCCCGCCUUACCCACCACCUCCUACGCCAAACGCACCGUCAUUGUUACCGGCUCGAACACCGGCCUCGGCCUCGAAGCUGCCCGGCACAUUGCGCGCCUCAAUGCAGAUAAAGUCAUCAUCGCAGUGCGCAACGUCGAAGCGGGCAAGCGCGCCGCCGAAUCCAUCGAAGAAACAACAGGCCGGGCUGGGGUCUGCGAGGUCUGGCAACUGGACCUCGCGUCCUUCGACUCGGUGAAAGCGUUUGCGGCCCGCGCCGCCAGCCUCGAACGGCUGGACGUGGCGCUUCUGAACGCGGGUGUCGCAACGGAGGUAUUUACACUCGCCGAGGGGCAUGAAAGGACGGUGAUGGUGAACGUGCUGGGGACGUUCCUGCUCGCGCUGCUGUUGCUCCCGAAACUGCAGUCCACGGCCACGGCAUUCCCGGAUGCUGCUGCGCCCCCGCACCUCACGAUCGUCUCGUCCGAGGUCCACGGCUGGGCCAAGUUCCCCGAGCGCCACUCCCCGAGCAUUCUCGCUGCGCUGGAUAACCCCGCCACAAAGACCAUGAAUGAGCGCUACCCCACGUCCAAACUCCUCGAGGUCCUCGUUAUUCGCGAGAUCGCGCCGCGCCUCACAGCCAGCGCGCCUGGUGUUGUCCUCAACAUGUUGAACCCGGGAUUGUGCCAUAGCGAGCUCGGACGCGAUUCGGGGAUUGGAUUGUACUUGAUGAAAGCGGUGCUGGCGCGGACGACCGAGGUGGGUUCGCGGACGCUGGUGGCGGGCACGGUGGCGGGGAGGGCCAGCCAUGGGAAGUACAUGACGGACGGGCAGGUCGCGGACGAGGAGGUUGUGGCGUGGGUGAAGGGGGCGGAGGGGAAGGAGAUUGGGAGGCGGCUGUGGGAGGAGGUGAGGGGUGUGUUGGAGGAGGCAGCGCCGGGGGCUACAAGGGUAGUUGGAGAGGCGUAAGGAGGGGCAUGCGGCGGUGAGGGAGACGGGACGGGUACGUACGGUGGGGACCACUGGACAUGUACGAUGUGGUGGCGUUUUGAGAUUGGACAGGGCGUCUUUGCAGAUAUGGAUUGUGUAAUGGCAUCGUUUCUUGAGACUUGGCCUUGCAAGCUGGCCGGAGGAGAAAGGGGGGAAGUCCAGAGUUGGAUGGCCGGUGGUGAUAUGCUGCCGUUGCGACGGGCCGGA